AUGACGGACGUGGAGUAUAAGCGGCGGAAGAAAAUUGAACAAUGUACAACAUAUCUGGAAUUGGGUUUUGAGUUAUCGAGGAUAGCGAGACUUUCGAAAAUCUGGAACCAAUACUUGACAAACUCACUUUUGAUGAGUUGGAACAUUUUCUCAGCAACAACUGUCAAUUUCGUCAUGAAGCCGAUAAGAUGUUCAAGAAAUUUGUUCAACUGGAGUUUCCAAGACAACUGGACGCGAAGAAACCACACAAUAAUUGGUAUCAGUAUUGCCAACAAUUGA